AUGUCCACACAAGCAGAGACCAAAGCCAAAGCCGAGGCACUCGUGCCAAAGUUCAAGUUCGAAAAGCUUCUGAAUCAAGACCAAGCAGGCCGCCGAACCUCCCUCCUCGGCACAAUCGACUCUCUCCCCGCCCUCCUCAUCCUCGAGCGUGCCCCCUUCCCAUCCUCCCCCGAUUACCUCGCCUCAGUCCCGACCACCCUCCAAACUCUCAAGAACCUAGGUGCUAAUGACAUCUACCACUGGUACCUCGCCAAUUCCUCAUCCCAGAACCCAUCCGACGAGACGGCCGACCUCAAGAUCAACCUCAUCCACCCCUGCACCGAAAAGCACAUCAAGAAAUACUCCAAACAGGGCGUCCGUCUCGUCUCCGAAACACCGCAAAUCUACCUCGAGUGUGUCAGGCCGUACAUGCAAGCCCAGCGCGACGCCGGCCGUCUGAACUGGGUGUUCAAUAUUGUUGAAGGGAGGACCGAGGUCGAGGAUGUCAUCUACCGCACACCGUUCGAUGCCGCUUCCCUCAACGAAGAAGGGUUCUUGUUGCUGCCCGACCUGAACUGGGACCGUCAGACCCUCGAUGCGCUGCACUUGCUGGGUCUGGUGGAGAGAAGAGACAUUUGGUCCUUGCGCGAUCUGAAAAAGAAACACAUCCCUUGGCUGAACCACAUGAAGGAGAAGUUCAUCGAGGCAACGACAAAGGUGUACCCAUCCAUCGAGGCUGACCAGCUGAAACUCUAUGUCCACUAUCAGCCCACAUAUUACCACUUUCAUAUUCACAUUGUGCACGUGCAGCUCGAGGCGGGCGCCACGCAGGCGACGGGUAAGGCGGUUGGAUUAGAUAGCAUUAUAUCGCAGUUGGAGAUGAUGGGUGGCGGGGACGAAGCGGGCAUGGACCGGGCUACAAUGAGCUACACUCUGGGCGAGGCCAGCGAUCUGUGGGUCGAGGUGUUCGAGCCGCUCAAGCGCGCCGGUGGUAAAGCUUCUCAAUCGCAAUGA